AGAAUUCUACUUCGAAGCAAGCACAUGAGAUGAAACUCUCCCUUCCAAGGAAGAACAACCACCUGGUGUCAAACGAACCAUAUAAUUCAGGGUUCAGGCACAGGAUUAAUAAUCAUGUCAAAUCACCAAGAUUCCAUGGUUGAAUUAUAACUGUCCAUUGCCCGUCUUCAUUCGAGGAUGAUUGGCUAGCCACCAGCAGCACGCAUGCUAGUGCAUCAGCGCGUGAUCCGUGACCCCAUGAUUGACCAGAUAAGAAACAGGGCGGACACAUGCAGCGUGCAUGAUCACCUUACCGUCAGCCGACCGUCGGCUCGCCGGCAGUUGCAGGCAAGCUUAUAAGCAGCAGUAGCAGAGAAGGCCUGGUGCAGUCGCCACAGCCCACAGAUUGCAAGCGAUCUUGUAUUCUUGUCAGGCAGGCAGUGCCUCGCUGAGAUCGAGGCGAUGGAGAAGGCGAUCCUGCUCCUGCUGCUGAGCUUGUGCGCCGCCCGGCUCGGCCGCGCCGCCGCGCAGCAGUACUGGACGCCGGCCAACGCGACGUUCUACGGCGGCAGCGACGCGUCCGGCACCAUGGGCGGGUCGUGCGGGUACGGCAACCUGUACAGCGCCGGGUACGGGGCGCAGACGACGGCGCUGAGCGCGGCGCUCUACGGCGACGGCGCCUCCUGCGGCGCGUGCUUCCAGGUCGCCUGCGACGCGUCGCGGACGCAGUACUGUAAGCCGGGGUCGCCGACGGUCACCGUGACGGCGACCAGCAACUUCUGCCCGCCCAACUACGGCGACCCCAGCGAGUGGUGCAACUCGCCGCGGCAGCACUUCGACAAGUCGCAGCCGGCGUGGGAGACCAUCGGCGUGUACCGGGCCGGCGUGAUCCCCGUGAACUACAGGAGAGUCCCCUGCCAGCGGUCCGGCGGGGUCAGGUUCGGCAUCAGCGGGCACGACUACUUCGAGCUCGUGCUGGUCACCAACGUCGCCGGCGCCGGCGCGGUGGCCGCGGCGUGGAUCAAGGGGUCCUCCACGGACUGGCUGCCGAUGAGCCGCAACUGGGGGGCCAACUGGCAGAGCGGCGCCAAUGUAACGGGGCAGAGCCUGUCGUUCAAGGUGCAGACGGACUACGGCAGGUCCGUCGUGGCGGACGACGUGGCGCCGGCGAACUGGCAGUUCGGCUGCACCUAUCAGGCCUCGGUCAACUUCUACUAGAGAAUAGUGGUAGUAAGCUCUGCUAUGCCAUUUGUGAACUACUUGGGCCAGAUCCAUGAUUCCAAAAGAGGCCUGAAAGCCUCGAUUCAAUGGUGUUGAGAAAGAACCCAUGAGUGGGGUUGGGGGGGCAUCCUUAAAUUCAUAUAUAUCAUCGUGGCAAAAGGUAAAAUAGAAGCCACAUCCUCCUAGUAA